ACCCACAAAACUCCCUCAUUUACGCUUUUUUUAAUUUUUCCCUAUUUCAUCUCUCUCUCUCUCUCUCUCUCUCUUGCGCGCGCGAAAGAGCAAUGGAAUUUUUGCAGGGUGCCGGGAUCCGCGUUUCUCGAUCGAUGAAGUCAAUUCAAUUGAUGGAGUUGUUCCCAAUUUUGGUGUAGUUGUCAUCAAUCAAUCGCCUGAGUUUUCGUCUCCUCUUGCCUAAUUUGUUCGAUUAAAUAUGACGAUUUAGACUUGGGAGUUGCAUAUUUUCUUCGGAAGGCUGUUUUGCAAUUUGGAGGACGCGAAACACAAUGUCCACGAGGAGUGAACAUCAUACAGUCCCGCUGUCCGUGCUCCUGAAGCGUGAAUUGGCGAUUGAGAAGAUUGAGAGACCGGAAAUCGUACAUGGUCAGGCGAGUCAGAGUAAGAAAGGGGAGGAUUUUACAUUACUGAAGUCGGAAUGCGAGAGAGUGGUCGGGGAUGGAGUCUCUACGUAUUCGGUUUUUGGGCUUUUUGAUGGACAUAAUGGAUCUGCCGCUGCUAUUUAUACUAAGGAAAAUUUGUUGAACAAUGUUUUAGCUGCUAUUCCAUCAGAUCUCAACAGAGACGAAUGGGUUGCAGCAUUGCCAAGGGCCUUGGUUGCAGGUUUUGUGAAGACGGACAAAGAUUUCCAAGAGAAAGCACAAACAUCAGGAACCACCGUCACCUUCAUGAUCAUUGAGGGAUGGGUUCUCACUGUUGCUUCUGUUGGGGAUUCCCGUUGCACGUUAGAAUCAGCUGAAGGUGACAUCUUCUACUUAUCAGCAGAUCAUAGGCUAGAAUGCAACGAAGAAGAGAGAGAACGUAUAAUUGCUAGUGGCGGUGAGGUGGGCCGGCUGAAUACCGGUGGUGGUGCAGAGAUUGGUCCAUUGAGAUGCUGGCCAGGUGGCUUGUGUCUAUCACGAUCAAUUGGUGAUAUGGAUAUUGGCGAGUUUAUAGUGCCUGUACCCUACGUGAAGCAAGUUAAGCUAUCUUCUACUGGUGGUAGGGUUAUUAUUUCAAGUGAUGGUGUUUGGGAUGCUUUAUCAGCUGAAACUGCCUACGAUUGCUGUCGGGGGAUGCCGGUAGAAACUGCUGCUGCACAGAUUGUUAAAGAAGCAGUACAGUCAAAGGGACUUCGCGAUGAUACUACAUGCAUUGUGAUUGACAUAUUACCAAGGGAGAAACCAUCUACUGCUUUGCCGCCAACGAAGAAGCAGGGAAAAAGAAUGUUUAAAUCAAUGUUCCGCAAAAAGACUUCUGAAUCAUCUUCUCAUCUUGAUAAGGAAUAUAAUGAGCCGGAUGUUGUUGAGGAAUUAUUUGAGGAAGGAUCGGCUAUGCUGUCAGAAAGGUUAGAGGCGAAGUAUCCUAUCUGCAACAUGUUUAAGCUGUUUGUAUGUGCAGUAUGCCAAGUUGAGAUCCAACCUCGGGAGGGUGUCUCCAUAUAUGCCGGCUCAUCUAGCAGAGGAAAAUUGCGUGCUUGGGAUGGACCUUUUCUAUGCUUAAGUUGCCAAGAGAAGAAAGAAGCCAUGGAAGGGAAAAGACCUUCUGGAGAAAGACACAGCAGCGGAAGUGACUAGCCUACUCUUCAGUUACACUUCAUUGUGGGUGCACUGAGCAGAGUUGAUUGUGAUCUUGGAAUUGACCCAGACUUAGAAAUUAUUCAGAAUUGACCUUCAUCUCGGAAAUGGACCCCUUUCUGAGGUUUUCCACAAUGCUCAUUGCUUCCUUUGAGAAUUUGGAUCAUUUUUUGGAUUCCACGGCAAUUCCAUUGGGAAAUAUAGCUCUCUAUUGUGUUACUACUCUUCAAGGCAGGAGAUGCCAGUUAGAGUUGAUUGCUUUUGGAUACUGUUUUCUGACAUCGGUUUAUGAUUGACAUGCUUGCCUCACAUCUUGGUGGAAAGCUUUUGAUAAAGUCGCUUGUAUAUGACACUGAAGAGUGAAGGUAAAUCAUUUAGUUUCUCCAUUCAUUCCAUUAUCUGCUUGUCCUUCCUACUUACAAUAUCACUGAGUGAACGUAUUCGUCAUUGUAAUUUAAUAUGUAGGGGAAUUCAAUUAGAUAUGUUUAGCUCACUGUUGGUUAGGAGGAAAUCCCUUGCAACACAGCUGUCUAGACGAUUUGUUCAUAUACAUUUUAUUACAUUCUCUGACAUGUUCAAGAUGAUGAACCAUAUUAAUAGAAAAUAUUGGCUGGCACAUUUUCCGAGGAAAAGAAAAA